UGCGGAAGUGCCGAGCGCGGGGGCUGCCGGGAUCGGGGCGGCGGUCGCGGAUCGCGAUCGGUCCCGAUCGGCCCCGACUGAUCCCGAUCGAUCCCGAUCGGCCCCUCGCUCUCCCCCGCCGCGAUGUUCUUCACCUGCGGUCCCAACGAGGCCAUGGUGGUGUCGGGUUUCUGCCGCAGCCCCCCCGUGAUGGUGGCGGGGGGCCGGGUGCUGGUGAUCCCGUGCCUGCAGCAGAUCCAGCGGAUCUCCCUGAACACGCUGACGCUGCCCGUGCGCAGUGAGAAGGUUUAUACCCGGCAUGGGGUCCCCAUCUCUGUCACCGGCAUCGCUCAGGUGAAGAUCCAGGGGCAGAACAAGGAGAUGCUGGCGGCCGCCUGCCAGAUGUUCCUGGGCAAGUCGGAGAGCGAGAUCGGCCAGAUCGCCCUGGAGACGCUGGAGGGCCACCAGCGCGCCAUCAUGGCCCACAUGACCGUGGAGGAGAUCUACAAGGACCGGCAGAAGUUCUCGGAUCAGGUUUUCCGCGUGGCCUCGUCCGACCUGGUGAACAUGGGCAUCUCCGUGGUCAGCUACACCCUCAAGGACGUGCACGACGAGCAGGAUUACCUGCGCUCCCUCGGGAAGGGCCGCACGGCGCAGGUGCAGCGCGACGCCCGCGUGGGAGAGGCCGAGGCCAAACGCGACGCCGGGAUCCGCGAGGCGCGGGCGCGGCAGGAGCAGGUGUCGGCGCAGCUGCUGAGCGAGGAGGCCACGGCGCGGGCCCAGCGCGACUUCCAGGUGGCCCAGGCCGAGUGCGACGGAGCCGUCAGCGCCCGCAGGGCCACGGCUGAGCUGGCCUUCCAGCUGCAGGCGGCGCGCUCCCAGCAGGCGAUCGCGGCGCAGCGCGGCGAGGUGGCGCUGGUGGAGCGGGCGCAGCGGGCGCAGCUGCAGGAGCAGGAGGUCGGGCGGCGCCGGCAGGAGCUCGAGGCCACCGUGCGCAAACCGGCCGAGGCCGAGCGCUACCGGCUGGAGCAGCUGGCUGAGGCACAGAAGAUGCAGGUGCUGCUGCAGGCGGAGGCCGAGGCCGAGGCCCUCAGGGUGACGGGCUCUGCCCGAGCUGCCGCCCUGGGCUCGCGGGCGCGGGCGGAGGCGGCGGCGGCGGCGGCCAAGGCCGAGGCCUUCGGGCAGUUCCGGGACGCGGCCGUGGUGGAUCUGGUGCUGCAGAGGCUGCCCCAGGUGGCCGAGGCCGUAGCGCGCCCCCUGGCGGCGAUGCAGCGGCUGACGCUGGUGGGCGGGGCCGGCGCUGUGGGCGUGGCCAAAGUUCCCGCCGAAAUCCUGGACCUGGUCACGUGCCUGCCCCGCGCCGUGGGGGCGCUGGCGCGCGGCUGCCAGAUGACCCCGACGGACCCCGAAACGUCCCCGAACGUCCCCAAAACGUCCCCGAAUGUCCCCAAAACGUCCCCGAACGUCCCCAAAAUGUCCCCGAGUGCCAGCACCUCGCAGUGACCCCGCAGCGCCCCCAAAGUGCCACCCAAGUGCCACCACCCCCCGGUGCCACCGUGUCCCCAAAGUGCCACCACCCCCCGGUGCCACCGGGUCCCCAAAGUGCCAUCGUGUCCCCAAAGUGCCACCGGGUCCCCAAAGUGCCACCACCCCCCCGGUGCCACCGGGUCCCCAAAGUGCCAUCGUGUCCCCAAAGUGCCACCGGGUCCCCAAAGUGCCACCACCGCAGCGCCACCAAAGCGUCCCUGAGGUGCCACCGCCACCCCCGAAGUGUCCCCAAGGUGCCACCACCCCCCGGUGCCACCCCGGUGUCCCCAAAGCAAUAAAGUCCCUGCGCCGA